AUGACCUUACGGCUGCUGUGUAUUUCACUUCUGCUUGGUUUCGUAAGAGAGUCUACUAUCAACGCCCUCAUCGUGAAGGGAACGGACGCAUCGAUAGAGAACUUUCCCUACGUCGUGUCGCUGCGGCGAGAUCACGAGCACGCCUGCGGCGGUAGCAUUCUCAGCAAGAACUGGAUUCUAACGGCCGCCCAUUGUGUUGUCAACUAUAAAAAUGACAUUUCCGUGCUGUCGGUUCAGGCUGGAAAAACGAAACUGUCCAAGAGUGUGGACCUGUCGGUCUUCGAGGUCGCGCAGAUCGUUGUGCAUCCUGAAUACGACGAUAAAAACAGCUGGAUUAACGAUAUUGCUCUGGUCAAGUUGAAGGAACCGCUGGCCCUCUCGGAUCUCGUGCGUCCCGUCAAGUUGCCUCCGGUUUGCUACGAAGUUACCGGGCCGGAUCUUAAUCUGGUGGUGCUAGGUUGGGGCGUAACACGUCGUGGGGUACUUUCGGAGGUUCUGCAAAAGUUGAUUUAUUUGGUGGUUCCGAACCACGAUUGCUUUGAGCAGCACAACCGAUUUCCAAUCUAUCGAACACAAAUCUGUGCCGCCGAUCCUCACUAUCGCCGAUCGGAGUGUAACGGAGAUUCCGGUGGCCCCCUGAUGUACCAAGGAAUGCAGGUGGGUAUCGUUUCGUGGAGUGAAAAACCCUGUACUGAGGCGCGCUUUCCAGGAGUUUUCACCAAAGUGUCGCAUUACAUCAAAUUCAUCUAUACGCAUACCGAUGCCGCACUUGAUGAUGCCGAGUUUCGCCCAUGUACUGGAGAGGGGAAAUAA